GCAUCAUCGACUUUGUCACUUUAGCUUUCAUCCUUAUAUACUUGAGUUAGCGUACGGAGUGUCACAGCAAAGCAAUGGAAGUGAUUUACGGUGCAAGAUCCUUUUCCUCGUCGACCUUGAAUCCUAAUGCUCCCAUGUUCGUGCCCCGAGCUUAUCGGACGGUGGAGGAUUUCUCGGACGAAUGGUGGGCCCUCAUACAUUCCUCCCCAUGGUUUCGCGACUACUGGCUCCGCGAGCGCUUUCAAGAUCCUGAAGACCAAAACGACGACGCCUCCUUUUCCGAUCUUGAGUUGGACGACGAAGAUUCACUCUUUCACGUCCAUCAACUAAAUCCGCAGAAUGAAAAUGAAGGAGAAGGGAAAGAGUUGGUGACGUUGGGAUCGCUUAAGUGGCGAAGAUUUGAAGGGUGGGUUGAAUCGCCAAGGUAUGUGGAAAAGGCUCCAAAGAUUGUGAAAUCCAGAGUGAGUCCACGGGCUAUUCACCAGCCCAGGUAGAUGGUACAACUACAACUACAACUACAACUACAACCCAGUUUGAUGUACAUAUAGAGAGCCAUACACCAUGGCUUCAGAUCUUUCUUUAGAUUUUCCAUUUCCAUUUCCAUUUUCAUGCUUAUGUUAGUGUUGUUCACUUGUUGAUCUUUUUCUUCUUUUAUUUAUCUCAAUGGAUAUUAUCGGUUAAUAUGACAA